UGGGCACAGGUGGGUGGCACUGGUGGGUACAGGUGGGUGGCACUGCUGGGCACAGGUAGGUGGCACUUCUGGGCACAGGUGGGUGCACUGCUGGGCACAGGUGGGUGCACUGCUGGGCACAGGUGGGCGGAGCUAGUGGGCGCACUGCUGGGCACAGGUGGGCGGAACUUGUGGGUGGCACUGCUGGGCACCGAUCAUCAGGGCACUGAUCAUCAGUGGCCCUGAUGAUCGGUGCCGAUCCUCGCUCUGACAACUGCCGGUUCUCGGCAGUACUUUCCUCACGAUCUGAUAGUGUGAGGAAAGUGCAGCCGAGAACCGGCACUUGCAU